GCUGCCAGCGAAGCUCGACCGAAGCCAGAUCUCAGUCCGAGCCAGCUCAAACUCCCCCAAGCCUACCAUGGCCGCCACUGCCACCGCGACCAAGGCGCUCAUCAGCGAAUCUGCUGCAUGGAGCGACCUCAAGGCGCACAAGGAGGCGAUCGACCAGACCCACCUGCGGGAUCUGCUCAAGGACGAGGCUCGCUGCGCUACCAUGAUCAAGGAGUACGACGGCAUCCUGGUUGAUUUCUCCAGGCAGAGGGCCACCACUGAGACCCUCCCAAAGCUGCUGGCUCUUGCCGAGGAGGCGAAGCUGAAGGAGAAGAUCGAUGCCAUGUUCAACGGCGAGCACAUCAACUCCACGGAAAACCGCGCUGUCCUGCAUGUGGCACUCCGCGCUCCCCGUGACGCUACCAUCAAUGUGGACGGCAAGAACGUGGUCCCUGGUGUGUGGGAGGUGCUGGACAAGAUCAAGGCGUUCACAGACACUGUUCGGUCCGGCAAAUGGCUAGGCGCCACUGGCAAGCCUCUGACUGACGUGGUCGCCAUUGGCAUCGGAGGAAGCUUCCUGGGUCCUCUCUUUGUCCACACAGCUCUUCAAACAGACCCGAGCUCUGCCAAGGCAGCAGACGGCCGCAGCUUGCGAUUCCUCUCUAACGUUGACCCUAUUGAUGUCGCAACCGCCCUCCACGGCCUCGACCAGGAAACCACCCUCGUGGUGGUGGUGUCUAAGACGUUCACCACAGCAGAGACCAUGCUCAACGCACGCACAGUGCGCACAUGGAUCACAUCGGCCCUGGGCGAGGACGCAGUGGCAAAGCACAUGGUAGCAGUCAGCACAAACCUCAAGCUCGUUAAGGAGUUUGGCAUCGACCCUGCUAACGCCUUUGCCUUCUGGGACUGGGUUGGCGGCCGCUACAGUGUUACCAGCGCUGUUGGUGUGCUGCCCCUCGCCCUGCAGUAUGGCUUCGAGCACGUGCACAAAUUCCUCAAGGGCGCAUGGAGCGUUGACACUCACUUCCACACUGCUCCCUUCGAGUCAAACCUCCCUGUGCUUCUGGGCCUCAUCAGCAUCUGGAACGUUUCUUUCUUCGGCAACCCUGCCCGGGCCAUUCUUCCCUACUGCCAAGCUCUUCAGAAGCUGGCUCCUCACAUUCAGCAAGUGAGCAUGGAGAGCAACGGCAAGGGCGUGUCCAUCGACGGGGAGGUGCUGCCUUACGAGUGUGGGGAGAUUGACUUUGGCGAGCCAGGCACCAACGGUCAGCACUCCUUCUAUCAGCUCAUUCACCAGGGGCGCGUGGUCCCGUGCGACUUCAUCGGCAUCAUCAAGAGCCAGCAGUCCGUGUACCUGAAGGGCGAGAUCGUGAGCAACCAUGAUGAGCUCAUGUGCAACUUCUUCGCUCAGGCUGAUGCCCUGGCCUACGGCAAGACCGGAGAGGAGUUGAAGGCUGAAGGAGUGCCGGACCACCUCAUUCCGCACAAGACCUUCACUGGCAACAGGCCUUCUCUCAGCAUCCUCCUGCCAUCGCUCACACCCUACACAGUGGGACAGCUCCUAUCACUGUACGAGAACAGGGUGGCGGUGCAGGGCUUCGUGUGGGGCAUCAACUCGUUCGACCAAUGGGGCGUGGAGCUCGGCAAGGUGCUGGCCUCGCGAGUGCGCACUCAGAUGAACGCCUGCCGCACCAAGGGCCAGACGAUCGAGGGCUUCAACUACAGCACCACCAUGCUGCUCAACCGCUAUCUGGAGGGCAAGACUCAGCUGCUGUACCCCGAGCCAUACACCGUCUUCCCCCAAGGACUUGCUGACUGGGGAGGGGGUGAUGAAGCCCCUCAUUCCCCUAAACCUUUCCACGACCCUUGUCCCUCUUGUCUUGAACUCUUUUCCCCUCCCCUCCAACACCCCCCCUUCCCCGCCUUGCAGGGCAAGACUCAGCUGCUGUACCCCGAGCCAUACAAUGUCUUUCCCAAGGACUUGCUGACUGGGGAGGGGGUGAAGAAGCCUGUCACCCCUCCUUCAUCCCCUUAA